GCGAACGGAAAUAAUUCACUCUUGUUUGAUUCAUGAAUACAUGAAGCUUCUCCUCUUAUGUGGUGGUCCCGCUGAGCUUCUAGACUGAACGGUUCCGUUGUGUGGACGACAGUUCAUUCUCCAGUGCUGCGUGAACCACAGCAGAAGAGCAGGGAGGUGGGAGUCAAAGGGGAUUCCCUACGAACAGCACCACCGCCGACCAUAGUGGGCACAUCCAAUCCUAGCCGCAGCUUGCAGUAGCACACAACAGAGGAACAUGGCUAACAUUGCAGUCCAAAGGAUCAAGCGAGAGUUCAAAGAAGUUCUCAAAAGCGAAGAGACGAGUAAAAACCAAAUUAAAGUAGAUUUGGUGGAUGAGAAUUUCACAGAGCUGAGGGGAGAGAUAGCUGGCCCCCCAGACACACCAUAUGAAGGUGGCAGAUUUCAGCUUGAAAUAAAAAUCCCAGAAACAUAUCCUUUUAACCCACCAAAGGUGCGGUUCAUCACAAAGAUUUGGCAUCCUAACAUCAGUUCUGUGACGGGAGCUAUUUGUCUGGACAUCUUAAAAGACCAAUGGGCGGCUGCUAUGACUCUACGGACGGUGCUUUUAUCUCUACAGGCUCUACUGGCCGCAGCUGAGCCUGACGAUCCCCAGGAUGCGGUCGUAGCAAACCAGUAUAAGCAGAACCCAGAGAUGUACAAACAAACGGCCAAGCUGUGGUCUCACAUCUACGCCGCGGCUCCCUUCUCCAGUCCCGACUACACGCGCAAAAUAGACAAACUCUGUGCCAUGGGCUUCGAUAAGAACGCAGUAAUAGCAGCGCUGUCGUCCAAGUCGUGGGACGUGGAGACCGCGACCGAGCUGCUCCUUAGCAACUGAGAAACGUGUCAAGAUUCCCCCGAUGCAUUCACUGAACCCCCCCCCCCCCCCCGACUCCACCACCCUCACGCAACGCAUCCACCCAGGCCUUCCAUCUCACACCUCCAGCCACCGUGACCGGCAUACACACCGCCUUCCUCCUCAAACUACCCCGACAACCCCCCCCACCCCCCCCCCCCCCCCUCCCCAUGGCCAUUAUGCUCACCACCUCGCUGCCUACUGCCUCCCCACCGUCUCUCAUCCAUCCAUCCCUCCGUCGUUAAACUACACCGUUCCCUCGGACACACCACGCUGAACCUAGCCGUGGACCCGGUCCCCGGUCAGGGCAGCAGCAGCAGCCUUAACCCGGUCGAUUUAUGAUUUAUGCGAUGACCUCCAAAGCAAAUGCCUUUAGUUGCUUGCCUGGUACAGUGCACUGCCACUUAUUCUUAUUGACUCAUUUUCUGGCUGGUUGAAUACUCCCGUUAUGUACAUUCAUAUUUAGUUGAUGUAUUUAUAUAAUGUGAUCCAAUAGGAACUGUCAAAAGCUUUGUGUUUUUGCAGUGGAGAGUGAAGAGAUGGCAUAGUAGUUAGGUAUGGAUCAACUUGUUUUCACAAGGUAUUUUUUUUUGUUUUACAAUCCCACAAGAUGAAAACGAGCAGAAUAUGAUAUUAACAUAUGCACAGCAGAAGCGCGAUAUCUGUAAAUAGAGAAAAGUCUGUACAUUUGAAAAUGAACGGUUAUAUACUUUUUCUUUCUUAUAAGAUGUUAUAAAAAUAUUUUAAAUAUGGACUUUGUCUAGUUUACAUUAUAUGAAGACGAUUUUAUUGUCCCUUAAUCUUACUUCUCUGCCCCAAGACGGCCCCUUUAGUUAUUUAAUUGAUUGACCUUGUAAUGCAUGUUAGACAAUGAUUUGAUAAAAAAAAAACGUAGUUAGCAGGAAGCGCUCUCUCCCACAACCUCACCGACCCGUCAUCUGAAUUAGGAUUAUUUUUUUGCUGAAUAAUGCGUUGGUUGGCUGCCUGCUUCGUAAUCUUAAUGCAGAUGAAAGACUCGUCAUCAUGAGGACCGACCCCAAACCGCUACCGGACACUGCUUAACCGCUACCGGACACUUGAUUAUCUUCCACCUUUUAGGCUACGGACCAGUCCCAUAAUGUUCUCAACAGACAGGAACGCGGCAAGAGUUGAUAAUCCAAGGUUUAUUCCAGUAAAGGAGUUGUAAAGAAAUCAGUUUGGACAGUAGGCACAAGUUCCAUGCUACCAUGACGGUCGCUGCAUGUCCAUCACGCUCAAUUCAAAUCAUGGAGACGGACGUUGUACCAAGACACAUAUAUCCAGCUGGUACUUUCAAUGUCAUCCAUCUUCAAAACUCAUCUGGAGGGAAUCAUGGACCAUGUGUAUGGCAUUUAAGGGAAUGCUUUAUAUAUAUAUCGAUACAAACACAAGUAACCUAUGAGUUUCUGUGACUGUACAAUAUCACAGAUAGUCAAAUGAUGGCUAUUAUUUACCCUACUGAACAAGAGGCUGGACUUCCUCUGAUUUUGAACGUGGAGUUUAUAGCUAGCAAGCUGCACAAUAGCGUCAAUAGUAUUUCAAUUGUAUCAGACUGCUUGGAAUAAAGAUUCGGAGGGGGUAUCGAUGUGAACCUUUAGGCCUCCUCAGCAAUCCCUCAGCUUGCCCCAAUUCCACACACAGAUAUGCCACGCAUUACAACAAGGAUGGGUUCAGGUUGAAAGCUGGACACCUGACGCCAGUAGCCUAAUAACAGUAGUCGGAGAGGUAGUUGUGUAAAGAUGCCAUCUCCUGCACUUGUAAAUAGACGUGAGCCCUUACAUCAUCACUAAAGUGCACCAUGGAUGGCUGGAUCUGUAUAUAUUUUAUAAGAAAUUGAAAGGACAAAAAAAAUCCUGCUCCUCUCUUCCCAUGUACAACCUUGCACGAUGACAACGCAUUGGGAAGGUUUCGCUGCACCCUUUGAAUUGGGACUUGUUUUUUCCCUUGGGAUAAAUGGAUUGAAGCUAGCGACAGCAGUACAAAGCAUGGUUAUUUAUUGUGACAGUGUCAUGUUUCUUUGAUUAAAAAAAUCCCUGAGAAA